UGUCUUCAGCUUGUGAGAAAUCCUGAAGAUGGCCAAGGAUGAUUCCACUGUCCGUUGCUUCCAGGGCCUGCUGAUUUUUGGAAAUGUGAUUGUUGGUAUGUGUGGCAUCGCCUUGACUGCAGAGUGCAUCUUCUUUGUAUCUGAUCAACACAGCCUCUACCCACUGCUGGAAGCCACCAACAAUGAUGACAUCUAUGGGGCUGCCUGGAUCGGCAUGUUUGUGGGCAUCUCCCUCUUCUGCCUGUCCGUCCUAGGCAUUGUGGGCAUCGUGAAGUCCAACAGAAAAAUUCUUCUGGCAUAUUUCAUUCUGAUGUUUAUAGUAUAUGGUUUUGAAGUCGCAUCUUGUAUCACAGCAGCUACGCAACGAGACUUUUUCACACCCAACCUCUUCCUGAAGCAGAUGCUGGUGAGGUACCAAAACAACAGCCCUCCAAGCAACGAUGACCAGUGGAAAAACAAUGGAGUCACCAAAACCUGGGACAGGCUCAUGCUCCAGGAUCACUGCUGUGGCGUAAAUGGUCCAUCAGACUGGCAGAAAUACACAUCCGCCUUCCGGACUGAGAACAAUGAUGCUGACUAUCCCUGGCCUCGGCAGUGCUGUGUCAUGAACUCCCUUAAAGAGCCUCUCAACUUGGAGGCUUGCAAACUAGGAGUGCCUGGUUAUUAUCACGAUCAGGGCUGCUAUGAACUCAUCUCUGGACCAAUGAACCGACAGGCCUGGGGGGUUGCCUGGUUUGGAUUUGCCAUUCUCUGCUGGACUUUUUGGGUUCUCCUGGGUACCAUGUUCUACUGGAGCCGAAUUGAAUAUUGAGCAUAAGUGUCACCACCAUACCUCCUUCCUCGGGUGACUCUGGACCUGGUGCUGGAACCCAUUUUUUCCCAAUAGUCCACAUUCGAGCUCCACUAUAACCUGUGCACGUCUAAUCUCACAUUGCCAAGUCAGCUGAUAUGGAGAGCCUUUGGACUCUCAGGAUCUUGCAGUUCUCAGGACUAGUAUUUUAAGUCUUUGUCUAAGAUUAUGCAACAUUUUUAUGCACUGUAAGACAGAGAGGAUUUGGAAAGUGGAGACUAGCCUCUCUCAUCCCUGUUUAUUUUUAAUUUGGAGCAUAAAAAUAUUCAAAGAAACUAUAUUGUCACAGUAA